AUGCCGUCUCCUGCGACGCCGCACCGCCCCGCUAACCGGGGAGGGAGUGCGAAAUCGACUCCAACGAAGCCGCUGGACAUCGGCCAGCCGCUGGGGGUUCACGACACGAACUCGGUUCGCUCCAGGGUGCGCCAAUGGCAGCAACAGGGCGGAGGAGUGAUAACGAUCAACGAUGGGGUGUACGACGAUGAUGACUCGGAGAAUCACGUUAAAGGCAAGCCCAAGGUGGCUAAGGGGAAACUGGAUCAGUUAGAGAAGUCAGACAAGGAGAUGUCAGACAAAGGGAAGCCCGUCAAGGGAAAGCCUGACAAGGGAAAGCCCGACAAGGAGAAGCCCGACAAGGAGAAGCCCUACAAGGAGAAGUCGGACAAGGAGAAUUCGGACAAAGAGAAGGAGAAAACGAAGGAGAAACUGAAUGAGAAGCUUCCAGCUGUACGAAAACGCAGUCACAGCACACCGCGCAAACGAGUCAUCAGCGACGAGCAUUGGAGGAAAAAUCGCUCGACGCAGACGCCGUCACGCAACCUGCCCAUUCCGAGGCGUAUUAAUGAGUACACGACAAAUCAAGACUCUGGCUCGCCACGAGCCAAACGAGACAAGAAAGAUACCCUCGACAAGACCAGAGAUCCCCCCAAAUUUGGAGCUUAUCGUGAUGAUGGGGCCCCGAGAUCGCCAACCCGGGAAUGGAAGCGUUCGUCCGCUCGGAAGGAUGCUGAUUCUGUCGCCGGCAGCGACUUGGAGACGGACCGGCCUUCCCAGUCCAUCGUGACAUCGGAGAUACCAGAACGCCAGAAUGGGAACUCGCCACCUCCAGAAGAGAUAGACUGGGCCAAAAGCGAGGCCGACUUCUCCGAGCUGUCCCGGCGACGUGCUCGUGGUCCUCAGAAACCACCAAAGGGUGGCAUUCUUGCCCAUAUGCUGGAUGAAUCCAGGAAGAUGUUCAAAUUACCGGAGCCAGAACCGCCAAAGCCAAGUCCCCCUCCCACAGGCACUCGUGGAGAGAAGAUUGAAGCAUGGCUCUCUGAGACACCGGAUCCCUUUGUGGACAACGUAAAUCCAAAGAAUGAUAUGCCUGGCCCGUUGGAUAUCAAGUCCGCCCGAGCGAGACGGUCACAGCGCAUGGUGGAUGAAAUUGCAGCAAGCAAUCCAAUGUCAGAACUGUCUCAGGAGAGCGAGCCUCGUCCGAGGAGUAGUGACUCCCGACCCAAGAGCUCCCACAGCCGACAUUCCAAAGAACAAGGUGACGCUCCGUCAUCCGAAAAGUCUCGCAAAUCCCACGAAUGCGGCAUGGACACGGUUGAGAAGCCACUGGCCCUCAAAAUUCGACAGGACAAAGACCAACUUCGCGACAAGCCAUAUGAGGAUAGCCUGGCUCCAUCAGAGUCCGACUUCCAGCCCUUCUCAGACGGUGGCUCUGAGGUUUCUGGAAACAAUGCUCCCGUUCCGGUUGGCCGAAAGAAGCCCUUUCCAAGCACGGGCUACCACCGGCUCUCGACAAUUGCCUCAGUCGAAACCCUGAGCACUCUUCCUGAAGGAUCCACUCUAUCCGAAAAAGUUGCGGAUAAGAAGUCCAAACCUCAGACCGUUGAACAGUUAGAAGAAGCUGCUGAAGAGAAGGAUCAGUUCGAUCCCGACUCUCUGCCGGCAGUUUCUUCACAACUCCAGCGACGCCUUACCACUCAUAAGGAUCUCAUGUCCGUACUAUCGGGCCCUGUCUCACGGAGCGGUAGUACUCGGUCCCGGCGGAGUAUUCGCUCCAACAGAAGCCGUCUGGCCAAUGCAACCAUCCCCGAUCUCCUGGCUGAGCUCACAGCCGAUGAGACCAAAUAUAUGCGUGAGCUCAAAACACUUGUCGGUGGUGUUAUCCCAGUGCUGCUCACUUGCGUUCUAUCACGAUCCGACUCGGCAAUCGCCGCUGGUCUAUUCCGGCCCUCGAUGGAUCCAAAGGAUGACCUAAACUUCUCGAAGCCUAUCGUCAAUAUGGGUGUCGCUAUCGAGCGCCUGAAAACACUGCACAAGCGAAUUCCACAAGACAAUGCUGAUGCACUGCUCACGUGGGCCCAGGGUGCUCAGCGAGUCUAUCGUGAAUACCUCAAAGCAUGGAGGCUUGGGUUCAAGGAUGUCAUUGUGAACCUCGCUCCUUUGGAAGAGGGUGACGAAGGAGACAGCGCUGAGACAAAAAGCUUGGAUGAAGGCAUGGAGCGAGAUGAGCAUGGAGAUGUGAUUGGCUCUGACGGAGAGAAGGUGGACGUCGCAUAUCUGCUGAAGCGGCCCUUGGUCCGAUUGAAAUACCUUGCGAAGAGCUUCAAGGGAAUAAACCACCUGCAACCAUCCGCGAAGGCUGAGGAGAUUGCAACCGCCUACUCAUCACUCGUGGCUGAUGCUCGCAAGCGAGCGCGAGCUGAGAGGGCAAGGCUUGAGGAUGAAUCCGCCGCCAGCAUUGACUCAACCCGUGCUCGAGACCCGAUGACCUUGGGUCUUUCCCGCAAUGUGACUGUCGACCAGACUCGCCGUGUGCGAGCCCGCGACUUUUUCAACCUCUCUCUAUAUCACUCUAGUGGUCAGUUGGUUGACUGCCGAGCCGAGCUCUUAUACCGAGACAAUACAUCAGGCAAUGGCCCUGGUGGCGACUUGUUGAUCUGUGAAAUUGACCACUCAGAUCGCUGGUUGCUCUUCCCGCCGAUGGAUCUCCGAUGCGUUUCCGCCCGCAAUGGUGAUAGCCAAGGCGAGAUUGUAGUUAUGCUGCGCAGUGCCCCCGAAGAAGAGAAGUACUGGCAGGAGUUGAUCUCACUCCGCAUUGAUGAAGUGGAAAUUGGCCUUGAGUGGGUGCAAUUGUUGGGCCAAGACCCCAUCCCUCCGACGCUUUGCAGGAGCCAGAGUUUCAUCAGUCGAGCCAAGCAACACAAGGCUCGCAAGCCCAGUGCCAGUGACUCUCCCCCAAGAACGAACCCCAGCGACAUUGACAUUCCAAUCGGCGAGAAAGCCGUUAGCAAACGUCGCUCCCUCACGCCCAAAGAGCACUACUCCGAGCCGAGCACUGUCAGCUCCUCUGUUACUGAAAACAGAAGCUCCAUUGUCUCAACAGCUACUCGGGAAACGGAGUAUACUGCUGGUGGGUCUGAAACUUCUAGCAAACAAGCUGCCCGCUCUGGUCUGCCGCUCUUGCCUUCUACUAUUAGCCCCGAAAAGUCUCCCGGGGGUCUCAAGAGAUCUAAGGCGAAGAGACAUUCUCGGCAUGCAGAUAGUCCGGCAUCAGAGACAGUCUCUCCCAAACCUGUUGGCUCGGGUCAGCUGGUCGAGUCCCCAGCACCCCUUCCAGCAGGUGGCAGAUUUUACGGUGGUGACGAUGCUGCAAAGAAAACAGCCUCUCCACAGGAUAAGUUUACUCAGAAGGCACCUCAAACUCCUCGUCAGAAAGAGUCUCCGGAGAGGGAAUCUCCCCGGGUUUCUUUGACUCCUUCGGCCUAUCUGCCUGUGAUUCCCAAGAUCCGCAGCACUAGCAGCCAAACCCACCUGUCAUCUCCGUCUACCAUUGAGCCUGGCGAAGAGGAGGACUAUCCUCCAUUGGAAUCCUUGCCUGGUCAAGAGUCCCCGGAGACACCCACUAAGUCCAGCAGAAGAAGGUCCCGGCGAAAGUCGAAGCACCAGGAUGCUCCUCCACCGCCGCCCCCUCAUCGUUCGCCGAGCUCUUCUGCAAACAAGCUCUCCAAUACUACUGUGCUCAGCCCAUCGGGGGUUCUCCUCAAGCGCCGGGGCUCCUCCCCUCUGAAGCAUGAAUAUGAGCCUUCCACUGCUUCGGACUACUCGGACUCUGACUCGGAUGCAUCCACCGUCCGGCACUACACUUACUCCUCUUCGGACUAUUCGCGAUCUGUAUCCGACUCGGACUCUUACUCUUCAGCAUCUGAUGAAGAAGGUGAAGAGCCGGAACUUCCGAAGCCAAGAGCAUUUCAGUCCACUACGUCUGACACGAGCUCUUUGUCUCCUUCCAACUCUGCUUCGCAAGGCGGCUACCGUACAGUGCCAUUGCAACCUACCAAGUCAACCAAGGCGAUUGCAUCUAUCUUUGCCUGGUCCAACAAGGGUAGCUGGGACAGCUUAGUUCCUGACGAGUGCAACAUUAUCGUCAGCCCUGGCCUGAUUGAGGCGUUUGGGAUGAGUUCCGAUUCGGACUCAUCUUCCCCCAACCGUACUCCUCGGUCGUCGAGACCGCUUAUCUCCAUGGAGCUCACACCACUGGUCCCAAUCCGCCGAGGAACUGCAAUUGACAUCAGUAUACGUUCACCUCCCACCAACCGCUCCAAGAUCACCUCGAGCAACAAUAUCAUGUUCCGCUCACGCUGCCCGGACGAAUGUGAUGCUCUCUACAGCCUUAUCAACCAAGCCCGCAUCAACAACCCGACCUACAUCGCCCUUCAAAACGCACGUGGCCCCGUAUAUGACAACCAUAUGCCUACCUUCGAGCAACCUGCCGGCAAAGCUGAAGGUAGCUGGUUCGGCUUCCCUCGCCGCAGGAAGAGCUAUCGCGCCUCUGACUCACCACGCUCCCUGGCCGAAGGCUCUGAGAGUAGUGUUGGAACUAUGAGCAGCGCCUUCUCCGCCCUCAAGCGCUUCGGCGGCGGCAAUAAAAUGUUCAACAUCUCCCGCUCGACUGUGACAUCUCGCAGCGGCCGCGAAGGGAGUAUCUACUCGGGCUCCGGGGACUCGUCUAACCCCUCUCCGUCAUCGGGAAUCGGCCGCAUUGCCGCCGCCAUCAAGGGCGCUGAUGGAAUCGGCCUUUCCAACGCCAAGAUCCGUAUUUACCUGCGCGAGACUGCGUCUAAGUGGCGUGACAUGGGCGCUGCCCGUUUGACCAUCAUGCCCGCACCGCCCAAGAACCCACCCUCUCGCCCCGGCACCGCCGUCAGUGGCCGGAGCGAAGGCAGCCGCGACGACGACAGUAGCUCCCCACCAAGCUCAGGCGCAGCCACCCCCCGCCGUGAUGCAGACCCUGAGAAACGCAUCAUCAUUCGCGGCAAGACGCGCGGCGAAGUCCUGCUGGACGUGUGUCUACCCGAAAGUGCAUUCGAGCGUAUUGCUCGCACCGGUAUUGCCGUCUCUGUGUACGAAGAGAAUGAAGGCGGCGCGAUCGCGAAGCAAGGUGGCGUGGGUACAACCACCCAGCGCAUCUACAUGAUUCAGAUGAAGUCCGAAGCCGAGGCAACCUAUACAUUUGGCCUCGUGGGAAAGCUGCGGUAUUAG